GAUCGUCCUCAGACUCCGUGGUGUAAACGUUGGCACGGCUGCUUCUCUCCACGCGACUGAAAAACUUUUAAGUUUAUUUUUUUUAGUGUAAAACGAAGAUUACUAACUCAAAUACGGAUGUGAUUAUCAUAUUAUUCUGAUUGUGAUUAACACGAAGUCUUAAAUAAGGGGAAUCUCACACCUGUCUCUGUCAAGAUGAUGGCGGAAUGGGCGACACCUCUCUUAAUAUCGUCGCUGCGGCUUGUGGUCAUUUCCUCACUCUUCUUAGCCAAUUGUGUUGCUCUAUUCCGUGUCUCCUACCACCCCAAGCAUACCCGAGGACCUCGAACUCAUGAACGUAUCUCUAUCAUCACAAUCCUGUUCCUCGGUGUUAUAUACCUGAUGGUCAUCUGGGCUCCCUUCACACUGUCAGCCUUCAGACAUGAUCUUGUGGACCUGCAAAAGGCUGGAGAUGUGAAGGCUAGCAUACAACACAAUACUCCAGAUUUCAAGAAUGAAGACAUAGGGAUUGUAGUUGAAUACAUAGAUAUGCGAAAAGGUCAGGCACUGGCAGAAGAGACAAAACUGCAGAAUCGAGUAGUAAGGGCAACACAGGAGAAACACAAGGGAGGCUUCAAUUUUAUAUUCAGCUCAAAUGCCAACAGUGUCUUUGAGGAAAGUAACAGUGACUCAUCACAACCCUCCAUGCAACCAGUUUCACCAUGGACAGCUCAGUCAAGUGCAGAUAAGAAGAAUUCACAGAGCAGCUGGAACACUGAUGUGCAAGACCUGGAAACCUCAUCAUGUGCCUAUAGUCUUGCACUCACUGGUGUCCUUAGGCUGGUCAUCACACGGAGGACUGUCUUGCGUACAACUCGGUCCCUUUCCAUGGCCAUUGGUUCCUUCUUGCUGGUGUUCGUGCCUGCCCUCACCACAGGACUCAUCAGGGUAGUUGGAAGGACCACAGCUCACUUUGCUCUCCAUGAGCCUGAAGUGACAGAAACUGGCUACACUAUAUACAAUAUUAUCUGUGAUGUACACAUAACGGAGGCAUAUGUGCUGAGUCUGUUCUUAGAGUGGGCAGCGCUGUUCACCUUGGCAAUUAUACUGCUGGGUGUGGGUCUUGCCUGCAGGUUGGAGAAGGACAAGAAAGACUGUGAUGAGAACACACCAGAUGAUGAGGGGACCAGCUGUGGUAGUGUGGAGACCUGGGCUCGUGACUCUAUUCUCCUGCUGGGCGCAUGUUGGGCUUGGCCAGUUAAACCUCUGCUCGUACUUAUCCUGUACUGCCAGUAUGGAACGCAUUGGACUAACGUGGUGUGUUGGCUGGCAAAUGUAGUUGCAGCCAUUCCAGUCGUAUUCAUGCCCCUAGCAGUCUUCUUGUCAAGACCCCAGAAACAUGUUGGAACACCUGUUGAUCUAGUCAUCGUUUCCCCUGAAUUGGUCACACCUGAAUCUGAAGGUAAAAUUGAUGAGAAACCUUGUGACCUGAUCACUAUCAAACAAACCAGUGAUGAUAAUCAGCAGAAAGUAAGUACUUCUGAUUAUGAUGAAAUUGGGGAUAGUAACAGUGGGUAUAUCACAGAUGAAGGAAAAAGAAAUUUCACAAUUGAAGAAUAUGUGGAAGAUACUGACAAUGUGUUAUUGACAUCAACACAGGUAGAUGAUAAUUAUGUCCGAGAUAAUCUUGAGUUCUACUUAGGUACAGAUAUCCUGAAGAACAGCAGGAAAUCCACUCCCAAGGAUGAUGAUAAAUGUAUGAUUCUUGAGGAAGAAUGGGGUUACUCGGACAGUGAGGUGUGAAAAUAUUGAUAUGAUCACAAACUGACUUUGCAAAGUAAUUGCACUAUACACACAUUUAUCUCUAUUACCAGUUUUAUUUAUUGUGACAUUUAGGUUGAAAAUUUUUCACCUUUUUUUAUUGUAGCAUUCAGUUUGUUACUCUUCAUUAAAUUUUAGAUGGUAAAAUUUUAUAUUUUAAUUUGCUUCAUGAUGCAACACCACCACUCAGUAUCUAUGCUACCAGUAAGACUUCAAGAUGAGUCACAUGACUGAAAAGCUUUUAUACUGUACUCCUAUUUUAUAAGAGGCAUUAGUAAUUGCAUUUUUGUAAACAGCAGUGUACAGUUGACCAAGAUGUAUUACCUACUACCCUGUCCAUAUUUAUAUCUUAAGUCAAUGAAGGGGACAAUAAAGCAAUCUUGUCUAUAAACACUUUUUGUAUCAGUCUCCACAGUUCCGUCCAACAAGAGUUGUGCUAGGUGGUACACCAUUCAAAUUUGCUGAGGUUAAAAUAAUGCAUAAAAUGUACUAUUACUGGUACCAAUACAACUUACAUCAGCAUAAAUCAAGCCCAGGCUUACGGGACCUCUUUAUGACAAAGUGUUAGCGCUAUGGUACAAGUUUACUGUACCGUGACACAGAAAUAAGUAGAUUAGCAGAAAAAGCAAAGAGAAAAUUGUAUUCUAUAGGCCUAAUGAUACCUGUCCCUAACCAUCGAAGCUGCCAGACUAUCGGGUCCGGAUUAACUAGGUCCAACCUGUACCUGGUUACCUCAUCUCUCGCCUAGUCACCUCACUCUUCGCCCCACCUCGCAAUGUAUUACAUUUAUUUAUUACUGUAUUAUUUACCUUAUUAUUUCUUUAUGUACAUUACAGUACAUUUAGAAAAAUAUUUGUUAGCACAGUAUAAUUAUAAAUAGAAUAUUUUAUGUAGAAGCCAAGGCAUGGUAACUGAGUAUGUUUGCUGGUUGGAAUAAUGAGGAACAAUCUUUAGAAUGACCAUAUAAGGUGCAAAACUGAACAGAAAUGAAUGAAUAAUUAAUUGAACACAAGAAUUAAAAAAUUGUCGAAUAAUGUCAUAAUAUUCCAUACUCGUUUAAUUUGGAUUUUUCAGUAAUUCGAGUGAUCCAGAGCCGCCUCUUUGUUGAAUUAAUGAGGUUAUAGAGUAUUUCCGAGUAGUUAAGGGAUGUUAAUUAUCUACUGUACACAGGUUUUAGAAGAACAGGCAUCUAUUAUUCACACAACCAUGGGACUGAAUUAUUGAACUACAAGAACCCUUAAUCCAGCAAAGUACAAAGUCAACAUGAUUGACAAACCAUUUUAAUACAUUUUAAUACUAUGUCAGGGAAGGAGACUACUGUAUUAUAUUACUGUAGGACAGAAAACCCAGAUUAAUACUUGCAAAGAGAAUUUACCAAAUUUAAAUAUUUUUUUUAAUGGUUUAGUUGUAUUUAUUUUUACGUCUAUAAUGAUUACUGUACUCAGCCCAUAAACUUCUUAUUACAGGUGGCAAUCAAUUGCAGCUUCUUAAUAAUUAUACACCCUGUAUUUAUUAACUGUUCGACAUUUUCUGGCACCAUUUUAUGAUGGCAUGCAUUAUUUAUGUAGUAUUUAUGUACAAACUUUCAAGAUGUUUACUCUGCACAAUUGGGAACAAUUGUUUUUGCUUGUUACUGGGUGUAGAAUAAAUAUAUUUAAAAAUUCA